AUGGACUUCGAUGUCGUAUUCCCUUCACUUGUCGCUGGAAGACUCUUACUUGCCUACACGAACCUUCCUGGCGCCCUCCGACACGACCAUCAACUCUCUACUCCUCUCACGUCCUACCCGCGCUUACAGGAAGGCCUAUACCUCUUUCACAAUGGCGUAGAUCCGUAUUCCGGUGGACUUUUCAGACACUCACCAUUGCUUCUAUCUCUUUUCAGUACAGUGCUACCUCUGAACCGCUAUACCUCUCCCCUUCUGUGGACAAUUUCAGACGCAGUAGCUGCGUGGGCACUCGUGCAGAUAUGGCGAGCGCGUCAGCAGUUGAAAUCUAAGAGUUCGCGGGACAGCUUGAUUGCCGCAGUAUAUCUACUGAACCCAUACGUCCUCCUCUCUUCCCUCGCGCUGUCGACAGCAUCGUUUGAGAACGCCCUCCUGCUCCUCAGCGUUAUGUUCGCAUGUCGAGGUCAAGCGUCGCCGACUCUGCUCACGCUCGCCGUCACCACACAUCUGUCGCUCACCAGCGCACUUUACCUGCCCCCACUUAUGCUCUUGCUCUUUACGUCACCCGUCUCUUUCCUCGCCUCACCGCGACCGUAUCCGUUCGCUCUACAGGACAUCCUGAAGAAAAUUGCGCCAUUUGUAGCAGAGUAUGCUGUCUAUAUGGCAGUGUUGACUGGAGCAGCCACUCUAGUAUCUGGAGGAUGGGGAUGGAUGGGCAAGACAUGGGGUGCAGUAAUGACACUUCCCGAUCUCACGCCCAACGUCGGCCUCUGGUGGUACUUCUUCACUGAAAUGUUCGACCAUUUCCGGCCGUUUUUCCUUAUGGUCUUUUCGAUUCACCUCGCGAUCUACCCUCUCCCGCUAUCUAUCAAAUUCCAACACGACCUGCUCUACGCGGCGUACGUUCUCACAGGCCUGCUCGCGACCUUCAAGCCGUACCCGUCCCUUGCGGACGCAGGGCUGUUCGUGAGCAUGACGGCGCUCUUCCCCGAGACCUAUGCACAUAUGCGCACGCCGUUCCCGGCGCUGCUCGUGCACCUGCACUGCUCGCUCCUGCUGCCGCUAUUCCACCACCUCUGGCUCGGCUCGGGCACGGGCAACGCCAACUUCUUCUACGCGAGCACGCUCGUAUGGGGUGUCGGUAUGGGACUUGGCGUCGCGGAUGCGGUGUGGUCCGGUCUCGUCGCUGGCGUCAAGGGUGGCGCAAAGAAGGGCGGUGGGGACCUGGCGUGGGAGGAGUGGGAGAUCACGCAAGAGUGA